AUGCUAAAUCAAUUUCACCGUUUGUUUUUGCUCCUCCUCCUCCACUUCUUCGUAGGCGUGGCGUGGGCCGAGGCGGGGCAGUGCCGCCGCCUCAGUCGCGCGGAUAUCGAGGGCAGACUGUCCACGAAAACGCCUUACAGGGCGAUCGCCAAUUACGACGAGACGCCGCCGAAAUUCGCCGGUUGCCACCCGACCCGCAUCUGGUACAUCAUUCGGCACGGAACCCGAAAUCCCAGCGAGGCCGUAAUUUUACAGGCUCAAAAUCGCCUUUCCGAGAUAAAGCAACGUAUUCUGGAUCAGCCGAAGCCGCCGAUUUGCUCCGCUGAACGGAAGAGACUGCGCCAAUGGAACUGGAAACACCUGAAUGCCACCGAAGACGAGAAGCUGCUGGUGGCGGAGGGCGAGGACGAGCUGAUUGAGCUGGCGGAACGGAUGCAGAAGCGAUUUCCGGACGUUUUUCCGGAACCGUACAGUCCGGAGUGGUACUACUUCAAGUACACGGCCACGCAGAGGACGCGGAAAAGCGCUGCGAGCUUCGCCACGGGCUUAUUUGGCCGCAAUCGCAUCCAUUCCGUGCGAUAUCCGGCGCCCCUGCACGAGGAUCCUGUCUUAAGGUUCUAUAAGGGCUGUGGGAAGUGGAAAACUGACGUCGAUAAGAAUCCCGAAACCUUGGUCAACGCACGCAGGUUCCUUGCGGAGCCGCAGAUGCAGUCAGCAGUGGAGCAGAUACGGAGCAGCACCCGGCUGCCGGAUCUUCGGCCGGAGGACGUUCAGCUCAUGUACACGGUGUGCGCCUUCGAGACGGCUUGGCAUCGUCCGCGUCGUGGCUCCGGUUCCCGAUCCUCAACCGAUUCCGUGUGGUGCAACUUCUUCGACGUAGCCGCCUUGGAGGCGCUGGAGUUCUUCGAGGACCUGGAGUACUACUGGAACGAUGGCUACGGCUACGAACUGACCCAUCGCAUUGCCUGUCCGGCAAUCGCAGACAUGUUUGCGGCCAUUAGUUCUUCGGAGGAGGAGCGACGGGCCAACGCCACGUUGUACUUCACGCACUCGGGAACGCUGCUCAAGUUGCUGGCCCACCUGGGAUUGGCCCGGGACAAGAAGCCGCUGACGCACAAGCACUUCGCCAGCGAGCGUCGUUGGCGCACGAGCCAGAUCGACGCGUUUGCGACCAACUUGGCCUUCCUCCGCUACGACUGCGAGGAGGAGGAGCCGCAGGUCCUGGUGCUGCACCAGGAGCGCGUGGUGCGCCUGCCCGGAUGCCCGCAGGACAAGGACCUCUGCCCGCUGGCCACGCUGCGUCGCCUGUACGCCAAGAGCGUGGACCACUGCAACGUCGAGGAGCUGUGCCGGGUGAAGGCCAACUGAGAGGAAGAAUCGGAACGAAUGAUGGAACCACUGCUGCUGCUGCUGUCUUGCUGCUCUGCCCCUGCCAGUGCAAGACCUCAGGAAAAGGGACUCGUCGGAAUGUUUAGGAUACAACUGAAUUAAACGAUAAAGAUAGGAAUGGAAUAGAUGCGAAGGAGCUGGAAGAUCCAGCCGGGACUAGUUUUGUAAGAGAUGAGAGGCCAGAGCGUUAUGUGUUGACCAAGUGGCGUCUAUGUGUUCGUAUGCCUUAUUAAUCAAUGUGGACCAUCCAAUCCAGAACAAGCGAACUCCGAGGAGGGUGCAGGAGACAGAGCGAGACGGAGAACGCGCGAGGGAGCGGGAGAGGGAGAAGGAGAGGGAGAGGAGAGGCGAGCCCGUGUCACGCUUAUAUACAUAUACUUUAGUCUAUAUACUCUGGCUGUCUCCCCCACUGCUGUAAAGACGUACACGACCACUCUUGGUUUACUUUUUUUUUGUUAUUCAGUAAUCAUACUAUACCUUAACCUUAUCACGCGCCCCAGCGAAACGGCAACGCAUACUGUAUAUAUAUAAAUACCGAUGUAUAAGAUAAUUAACUUAGUUUAUUGCCCAACACACCACACAUAUAUACAUAGACACAAGCGUUAUUUAUAUGCCUCUAUUCAAUCGAUCCUUGCCCCAAAGGAGAAGGAAACAAAGCGUUCGUUGUGCUAACUUGUGUUAUAUACCUUUAAACGAAACCGGAAAUAUAUUCAAUAAGGCAAGGAUAUGGAACAAAUGUUGGGUUCCUACAUCUAUCGUUCGCGGCGAGGGAGACCCACACACUUUGUACAUAGCACUUACGACUUUAAUCACUUUUGUCCCAUUCUGUUUGUCCUAUCGAAACCCAACAACAACAACCAACCGCAGUAACAAAUAAAACUAACGAAAAUUCUAGUUUAAAGCUUA